AUGAUAGAAAGGAUUCUAGGGGGCAUAUACAUCUCGUCCAUCGAGCCGCUCAACAACAACGUGGACCUAAAUUCGGAGUACGGCAUAACCCACAUUCUUUCGGUGCUUCCCGGAACCAUCUCAUCGCGAUACACCAGCGAGUACAUCCACAAGCAGAUCGAUAUCACGGACGAAGAGACCAGCAACAUCCUCCAGCACUUCGAUGAAUGCAACCAGUUCAUUGAAACAGCGUUGUACUCCAAGUCGGAGCUCGCAAAUAGCCCCAGUGGCAGCACGGCAAUUUUGGUCCAUUGCGCUCAAGGUAUAUCCAGAUCAGCCACGGUUAUUGUGGCCUAUCUUAUGAAGAAGUUUAAACUCGAAUUGAAACAGGCGUUGCACGCAAUCAAGAGGAAGUGUCCCGAUGCGGAACCAAACCCUGCCUUUUUACACCAGCUUGAGCUCUAUCAGUCGUGGCAGUGUGAAGUGGAUCCUUCAAACCCUGAAUAUAAACAACUCUUACGAGAACUCAGCUUGAAGGCCGAUCCCUCUGGUGAUUCCCUCAGAUCACAGAUGCUUGCCCAAGCUCCGUCCCCGGAAAGCCAACAAAGCGAUUUUGACUUAAGGUGCAAGAGGUGCAGAAGGGUGCUUGCGAAAAGCGCUCAUCUCGAACCACACUUACCCCCUGACGAAUCAUCCACCCAAUCCAAGUUCAUCAAGAAAGCCCCUAAUUCCAGACGGAUCAUUUCGGCUCAAGCUGCCAGUUCUUCGUGCUCGCAUUACUUCUUGCAAGAGCCAUUGACAUGGAUGAAAGAGGAGUUGUCAAAAGAAGACAUCGAGGGAAAGUUCUUGUGCCCAAAGUGCGACUCCAAGGUCGGUGGCUACUCGUGGAAAGGUUCAAGGUGUUCCUGUGGAAAAUGGAUGGUUCCGGCCCUUCACUUACAAUCUGCUAAGGUGGAUAAUAUUAAAUCUAUUCCACCACCACAGGUACUUCCCGCUAAAAACUAA